AUGAUCAGACAGAGUCUCGAAUUCUCGAUCGGAACUUGUGAUGAGUCUGUCAUCGAGCUUCUUCACUUCAAACUGAAUGCAGGGGUUAGAAAAAAGGUGUCAGCUGUAGUAGAACUCCGAGAUGCCAUCCAGGUUUUUCAUCGGAAUGUAAAUUCUAAGAACUUCAAGUACAUCAAUGCAUCAAACCGUCAUCAAACGACCUACGAUACGAUGUCAGAGACGAUUAAGUGGCAGCCACGACGAUGUGCACUCGUCGGCAACUCUGGAAUACUAUCCCAGAGUAAAUGCGGAUCGAGCAUCGACGCGCAUGACUUCGUGUUGCGCAUGAACCUCGCACCGAGCGGCGGAAUCUACGCAGACGACGUGGGAUCGAAGGUAUCGAUCACGACGAUGAAUUGGGAGCAAUUGUUGCUCGCAGUGAGUUGCGCGCGCAAUCGAACGGAUGACAUCAUGAAGGAUUGUACCGAGUUGGAUGAGCGGAUGAAUCAGGCAGGCGAUGGGGUAAUAUGGUACACAAAAGGAGGAUACAUCGACAGACUUGGCAUUGUGGCAGGAGAGUUCUUUCGGAAUCACCAUGGAAACCGGCGCCAUUUUGGUCCUCAGUGGGCAUACAGUCCGAUAGUGAUGCAGGGAAUUUGCAAAAAAUUAUGGAAAAACAAGAAUCCAUCCACAGGCCUCAUAGCUUUCUCCGUGGCUUCGCUUUUCUGCGACGAAAUUUCCCUCUUCGGUUUUUACCCCUUCGAAAAGGAUCCACUAAAUCGGACAAUUAGUUAUCAUUAUUACGAACCUCGUAGUUCGAAUGUUUUCUUUUAUAAUAAACAUCGGAUGCCUAUCGAGUUCCGGCUUUUUGAAGCAUUUGGCAAGCGCGGAGCACCGGGAAACCGACUCAUCAUCCGACCAUGUGUGUAAUGAUGAAGACAUGAUUAUCAAGGAUCCCUUUAUUAAUGUGCAAUAUCCAUCCGAAAUCCAAUGCUUUAUUCACAAAACUUAUGAACAGAGGCGGGCAGGAAUUUAAAUUUGGUUGGGUCUUUUCGAAUGUGCCCUAAUAUAUAUUAAACAUACUUAUUAACUGGCCCGCAGACCAAAAAUCAACUGGAUCUCGAGUCAAGUUAUAGACCGGCCAAUAUUAUAGGCAAACCCUUGAGAUUCGAGGUCUCCUUGCUCAUGCAACCCCAGCAAACUCUCCAAAAUCCAGUCCGCUCCUGCUUAUUACAGCAUAAAGUAAA